GCAAUGCUUGUACAGAAGGCUGGGCGAAUGAGAGGAGAGAGCUGCAGACGCAGAUUCAGCGCUUGCGAGAACAGCUUGUGCAGCAGCGCCACACUGCUACGGACAGCAUCACGCAGCUGCGCUUGAGUUUGGAUGCUGUGCACGCUGAGCAAGAUGCUGAGCGGACAAAACUGCAGACUCAGCUGAGCCUCCAACGCGCGUAUCUUCAAGCCGAGAUCGUUUGCCAG